GGGGGGGGGGGGAGGAGAACAGUAACAAUUAUCCAAAGACAUGUUGUAUCAUGUGGUAGAUUCUGUUUUCUUGGGCCAAAUCUUUUGAUGCCGCCAUGCUGAAAAUAUUUAGAGCUCGUAAUGGAGAUGUAAUCUUGAGAUAUGGAAUGAGCCGAGCAGUGAGAGACAAAACGAGCGAGGAAUGACGAGGAGGCAUGCUGGACUCAUCACUGAUGGAGAGGCUCGGUGACAUCCCCUGCUUUGACCCCAUCCCAGCACCCCCCUCCCCUUUAGUGACGCUCCUCGCCGAGGACCAAGAGCCCAGACGCGGCUGCUGCUGCUGCUGCUGCUGCUGAGCGCAUCGCUGCGCUGAUGCUGCCCUCUGUUGGCCAUAUGAGGAAACGCAUGUCUCCAGGUCUGAUUGAAGAAAACCAUCACCACAGCAUGACACCACCAUGUUUCACCAUGAGGAAGAAGAAGCAGAUAAGGAGGGAGCAUGAAGGCUUUAUCGUCACCUGGGUCCUCGGGACACAAAUCCAGGAGGAAGGUAAGGCGAGCGUCGCUGGAGAACAGACUGUUUUCAACUGCUGUGGUUUGAGGUUACCAGAAAGUUUUCUCCUCUCCACUCCGAAGGUGUCCAAACCCAUGAUGGAGAAACGGAGGCGGGAGCGCAUCAACAACAGUCUGGAAACCCUGCGGCUUCUGAUGCUGGAACAAACGCAGAACGAGAAACUGAAGAAUCCGAAGGCAGAGAAGGCAGAGAUCCUGGAGAGUGUUGUUGAAUUCCUGAAAAGGGACAAGGGACUGGAGAAGGAACACCAGACCACAAGGAAGGUGUUUCCUGAGGAGCGGAGAGCCCCCCCUACCCCUCAUCACAGCUACCACGAUGGCAUGAGGUCCUGUCUGCUCAGGGUCAGCCAGUUUAUAGCCUCAAAGAGUCGGGAGUUGGAGGAGAGCAACGUGCUCCAAGCCUCUCUGAAGCUCUCAGACUCUCAGACGCUGGUUUCCUCCCCGGUGCCUCCCCACGCGCCUCCUGCAGCUGCUGUUGCGUCUCCUCAACAUCUCCUCCUCCAGCAUUCUGAAAGCGGGCAGAUGAUCUCCUUCUCCUCGCCCACCACAGUUCCUGUAAACUUUGCUGAUCCCGUGUGGAGACCCUGGCCUAAAUAAUGGACACAUUGACAGAUUUCUUUUCUCUAUACAGAUGAUUAUUAUAUUGGCUGCUGUAAACCAACACAUUGUGUAAUGUUUAUUUCCGUUUGCACAGCACCGACAUUUUGCACAGUUUUUUUUUUUGUUUUCUUGUCUUCUUUAGUUUUUCCAGUUUGUAUAAAUCUAUAGGUUUUCCAUGGGGAAUUCUUUUGUUUUUCUUGUUUUUGCACCAUGCAGUUUUAAUGUAUAGCUUAUGUUGUUGAAGACCAUGCAUUGAGUGUCUUUCUUUGUAUUGUUUAGCACAGCGGGGGGGAGUGGGGGUGCUUUUCCCUCUCAUCACAGACAUCAGGAGAGUGUUUCCAUGAUUGUUCUCAGCUCUUGCGUUCAGCACAAUUUCCUGGCCGCUGCCGCGGUGGCCAGAGUGGCCUCUUUGCUCCUUGAGUGGCUUUGCCUUGAAGGUUCCUGUGGCUGCGCUGGCGAGAAGAGGGGGCCCAUCCAGAGGAACGUUAACACGUACUCCAUCCAGAUUGGACAGCAGUUAUGACGCCUAUUGAAAUGUUGAUAGGAGACUUCUUGUCUCUACCUGCUGUUCAGGGGGGGACUUUUUCACAUGUAGAGUAGGGGAGGACUGUGGUCAUUCGCACGUGUUCGGAAUCCAGACCGGUUCGGCAGCAUCCAAUCCACAGCGGGGUGCAAACGCUGCAAUGGUUCAGGGUCAUUUUUGAAUAGAGCUCGCACACGUUCAAGUCAAAUAAAAUGUGUUUCAAAAUGCAAAGUGCGUCCUUUUUAAUUCCAGCCUAGCUGAACCAUGAUCUGGAGUCAGUGCAAAGCACACCAUGGCGAUCACUUCUUAGACAUUGUAGUUGUGUAACGAUGGUUGUUAUCAUGCAU